AUGGAGAUCGAUCCACGCCUGCGUGCUGGCGGUGACGACGGGCCUGCCGACGCCUCCGACUAUCAUCUUUCCUCCCCCGCCUCUAGACUCCCCGAUCCCUCCGCCGCCCCGUCUGCAAGUGCACCCACCACCACCACCACCCCUACCCCUUCCUCCUCGCAUUUCUCCCCCGCCGACCACCUGCGUUCCUCCGCGAGUGGGCCCAGCUACUUCCGUCCCUCCGCCCCUCAGUCCCAAUCCCAAUCCCACUCGCAAUCUAUAUACCCCGAGCCCGACCCGGCCCUCGGCACCACCGCCCGACAGGACUCCGUCGACGUCGACCCCAACGAUCCUUACGCUGAGCUAAGACGCCCCCGCGCCUGCGAGGCCUGCAGACAACUUAAAGUCCGCUGUGAGCCGGAUCUCACCCAUCCCAAUGGAACCUGCAAGCGCUGCGCCAAGGCCGGGAGGAACUGCGUCGUCACCCUCCCGACCCGCAAGCGCCAGAAGAAGACGGACAGUCGCGUCGCGGAGCUGGAACGGAAGAUAGAUGCCCUGACGGCGAGUCUGCAGGCGUCUCAUGGUCAGGAGUCCUUGCCGUCGCUGGGGACUCUCAACCCUCCGCGCGAAGAGCCUAUCGCCCGGCGCUGGCUUGGGCCGACAACGCAUGCCAGCGUAAAUGUGAGCGCACCGGUGCCGCUGAAGUCGCCUUCUUGUAGUACAGCGGGGAGCAAACGACGGCACAGUGGUGAGGUCAAGGAGUCGGUUCCGGCGUCGUCUGGUACUUCGAGCCCGAGCGAAGGGCAGGCACUGUACACCAAGGCUAUCAAACAAUGGCGUGCCAUGGGAUAUGGCACGGACCAAGGACCGAAGGAGGGUGAGAAUUCGGAGGAUGUGAUUGAUAGAGGGCUGGUGAGCGCUUCGUUGGCCGCGGAGGCAUUCACCAGGUACACCGAACAUAUGGCAACCCUGAUCCCUCUGGUGGUAUUCCCACCCGGAACGACCAUGAACGACGUGCGACAGAAGAAGCCGGUGCUCUUCCAUGCGAUCAUUGCUUGUGCGAUCGGCACAAUCCAGCCGGAGCUGCAGAUUCCUCUGCUGAACGACUUCUACAAGAUCAUCGCCGAGCGGAUCGUCGUCAAGGGCGAAAAGUCCCUCGAUCUGGUCCAGGCAGUGAUUGUCUGCUGCAAUUGGUACUCGCCCCCGGAUAACUUCGAGGAGGUGAAAUUCAACCAGUUGGCACAUAUCGCCGUCACCGUGGCGAUGGAUCUGGGCCUCUAUCGGAAGAUGAUCCCCAAGGUCAAGCCGUUCAGCCUGGUCAAGGAGUUGAUCUCCAAGAAAUCGUCGAUCGUAUUGGACUUGGACUCCGUGGAGGCGCGGAGAACGUGGUUGGCGUGCUAUUUCCUUGCUGUACAGGUUGCUGUCUCGUUGAGGCGCGUGAAUCUCGUCCGUUGGCUCCCAUACAUGGACGAGUGCGUGGAUAUCCUGGAAAAGUCACCGGAUGCCUUGCCGUCCGACAAGGCGCUGAUCCAGUGGGCCAAGUUGACGCAGAUCAUAGAGGAGACAUCCGUCCAGUUCAACAGCGACGAGGCUCCCUCGAUUUCCUCCUUCUCUGACCCCAAGUUCCUCUACACACUCAAAGUCCUGGAGAAGCAGCUCGAGCAAUGGAAGCGGGAGACUCCGCCGGACCUCUACUCUUCCAUAAUGAAGCAAGCCCACUGCAUCGUCGAUCUCUUCCUCCACGAGAACGCCAUGCACGUCGAUUUCAACAAGGUCGAUCCCAAGUCCGCCAAAGACGACCUCACCAGUCCCCUCAGUGCCGCGCACAUCAAUGCCCUGAGCUCCUGUCUCUCCGCCAUCCACGACGCCUUGGACGUCCUGUGCUCCAUCGACCCCAAAGAGCUCGUCAACGCUCCCACCAUUGCCCUCGCCCGCACCUCUUUCGCUGUCGUCGCUCUCAUCAAGAUCUACUCUAUCGUCUCCACCCCGGAUACCCGCAUGGGACAGGUCAUGGAACCUGCCAGUCUGAAGACUGAAUAUUACCUCGAUAAGGUCAUUCGUCAUUAUACAAAGGCUGGCGAGUUGCCUGGUGGUCGCACCGCCGCGAAAUUCAGUGUUGUUCUGACGAUGCUUCGUAAUUGGUUCAUGAAACGGAAGGAUCAGGGUCCCGCGUUGAAGGAUGCUCUUUCUAUCUAUAAGGAGACUUGUGAUGAAAGGAUCCAGCGAAGUCGCCAUGGACCCCAACACCGCUCCGGCCAACAACAAUCACACCAACAGCAGCAACAACAGCAACAAUCCCUCACCACCACAACCUCCACUCCACUCACCACCUCCCACCCCCCUCCUACACCCCGGAACAGCAAUCCCAGCCGCAACAACAUCAUCAACAACAACCCCCUACGACCCCUCCCCCACCCCCAACCAACAACCACCCCACCAACAAACCCACCCGACCCCUCCACCACCACCACAACCUCCAACACCGAACCCUGGGUCCCCUACCCCCGCCAAUUCUACCCUCCAGCCCCCUUCACCACCCCCACCUAUCAAGACCUCCCCGCCUUCUCUGACCCCGAUCCCAGCGCCAACGGCCUCGUCCUCCCUGACGGUCCCAUCCAGGGCUUCUUUGUCCCUGAACUGGGAGUGCAGAUGGGCUUCGAUCCGGAGAAUCUGCUGGCGCUGGGGAAUAUGCUUGGGGAUGGGAUUCUUAAUUUGCCGUUUCAGGCGGAUGGGGGGAUGGGGUUUUAUUGAUUUGAACUGAUCAGUUGAGGUCGGUUGAAUUGAGUUGCUUGGCUUGGUUUGGUUGAGCUGGGUUGGCUUGAUUACUUGGACAGGGUAUAGAAUAUACCAUGUGGAGUCAAUGGUUCGAUUGAUGGAUUGAUGGAUAGCUGGGUUGGUGAAAACCUAUUGCAUAGUGUAUAAUGUAUGUGGACGUGGAUGGCUAUCCAUCUACUGAGUAUACAUACGCGUACAUACUAUUAACUGUCUGUUAGUUAUUAUAUGAUAUCC